CCUAAAACUACGAGAGGAAGAAGAAUCGAAACGCGACAACCAGGUCUUCCUGUGUUAGCAGCAAACAAGGAAUGGUCCAAGCGAUGUUCUCUCUUUAGAUGGGAGGAAAAUAAACUAAAAUUAAGUCAGCCAACGCAAUGUGAGAGCAGGCAGAUAUUCUCGGGCGUCCGUUGCUUUUCAUCUGAAGCCAACACAACGGACCUAAAUUUGUGAACGAGAAUCAUGUGGUGACCUUUGCUGGGGCCGAAAGGUGCAGGGGGACCAGCAACAGCUUUCAAGCAUCGAUGAAGCAUGAAGAGCCCAGUGCACAGAUGCAGGGACGUAGAGCAGAGCCGUGGGCAAGCUUGGGCACGAACCACUUUAUUUCAGACGGAGCAUCGCAUUCCCAUCUCCAAGGACGUCAUCACUUCCUCGUCGGCAUCUGCCAUGUGGUUCAUUAAGGACGCCUGUGGCAUCAUUUGCGCUCUCAUUACAUGGCUGCUGGUUUUGUAUGCAGAGUUUGUGGUGCUGUUUGUAAUGCUGCUGCCCUCAAAGAAUCUGACGUACAGCAUUGUCAAUGGGUCUCUAUUCAAUGCUCUGGCCUUUCUUGCCCUUGCCUCGCACCUCAGAGCCAUGUGCACUGAUCCUGGGGCAGUGCCCAAAGGCAAUGCAACAAAGGAAUACAUUGAAAGUCUUCAGCUGAAACCAGGACAGGUGGUCUACAAAUGUCCCAAGUGCUGUAGUAUCAAGCCUGAUCGAGCACACCACUGCAGUGUUUGCAAACGCUGCAUACGGAAGAUGGAUCACCACUGCCCCUGGGUCAACAACUGUGUUGGAGAGAACAAUCAAAAGUACUUUGUCCUGUUCACUAUGUACAUUGCACUUGUCUCUCUCCACGCUCUAUUCAUGGUGGUUUUCCAUUUUCUCUACUGCUUUGAAGAUGAUUGGACAAAGUGCAGUUCCUUCUCUCCACCAGCAACAGUAAUCCUCCUCAUACUCCUGUGCUUUGAGGGCCUCCUCUUCCUCAUCUUCACCUCUGUGAUGUUUGGUACCCAAGUCCACUCCAUCUGUACUGAUGAAACUGGAAUCGAACGUUUGAAAGGGGAGACGGGGAAGUGGGAGAAGACGCCGUGCUGGGAAGCCAUGAAGAUGGCGUUCGGAGGCCCGUUCUCCCUGACCUGGUGCAGUCCCUUCUCUGGGAUGAGCUGCAAGAAGAGCGCCUCAGAGUUUGACGCCCUUCCGCACGGAGACAUCAUCGAGGAGGAUGUAAUUGAGAUCCCACUCAACUAGGACUGUCUGCGUACAGCCAUGUGCUGGGCUACCGUAUUUUCUCGACCAUACAACACACUGUGUUAAAAGGUGUAGUGUCAGUUACGGGUGCUAUUUCUGUAUUUCACACAUACACAAGGCGCAUUGCAUUAUUGAACGCUGGCAUGGUAAAACGUACGCCAUCAUAAAAAAUAUGGUAGCAUGCACGCACACUUAUAUGUGCCUUUUUUUAAAAGGCAGCGGGAGCAAAACGUGAGUUCAGUGAUACUCUAGUGAAGUAUUUGACAAUGUACUCGCAUAAUUUCUUGAUCAAUCCUUAUCCACAAUUCUUCUGUGUCCAAAAUGAACAGCCGGGUCAAGUUCUCCAUCAAACAGGCCAGGUUCCCCCACGUCAUUGUCAGAGUCGGUCCUGUUGCCAUGCGGCUCCUCAGAAAUGAUGCCGGCUUUUGCGAAAGCAUCCACAAUACAUUCACAAAUUGUGGCGCUGCCUAGCAGUUUUGGUAAAGCUGUGUUCGCCGUAGCUACCACGUCGCUGGAAAAUUCACUUUGACUCCGGCUGGAAACUUCGUUUUGCUUAAAAAGCAUUAUAGGUGGCUAUUUCUGUCCAUUACCCUGACAACCAAGCACAACGGUAAAAGCCGACUUCUUGCGCUCCCUUGUGCGUAUCGCUACCGUGCUGGUCCCCUUCUCGACAGUGUGGUUUGCCAGGAUAACGAAAGUGAGCGGCAGCUCGCGCAUGUUAAUGAUGUGGUUGGGCUGGAUGUGUUUGUCUGACAUUUUUUUUUGUUGCAUAUCAAAAUGCGAAGUAUGCUUGUCCCCCAUCACUCGCCGAAUCCCAAGCGGUUAAGCUCGUAACGUGGAGACUGUUUGAAGAACAGACGGAAAUGGAAGCCAAGUGAGGCCGGCAGAGUAAAGGUUUAAUAUCUCAAAGAAAGCAUCUUUUAUUUAAUGUGACGCAGAGCAUUACACUUUUUACGGCAGUCGGAGCGGGAGAUGACUUUUCCUUGUAAUCCAUCGGAAAUUGCUCCGCCACACUCGUCCUUGGCCGGAUGAAUGGAAUGGUGCAGUUUCAUAAAACAAAAGCAUGUAUUAGUUGUUCUUGAAUUCUCUCGCAACUGCUCUAUUCCCAUGGUCCUCUGCGUAAUCGAUCACUUGCGAUCACCGGUUCAUUUAGGGGAUGCUUGUUUGCACAAUGCUUGUACGGGCACCUACUGGGGGCGUGCCUUGAGCGUCCUCUUCCACAUCCACCCUUCCCACUUUAACGUCUGCAUGCCGUCCUCAGUUACAUGCGCCUUUCCUCUAUAUAAGCAACGUGUCGCCACAACAUCAGUCAGUCAGUCAAGCAGACCCUUCAUCGAAAUCACACAACAGCAUUCACAGAUUUUGGAACUCUGUGCAUACACAAGACGACCCACAUUAUUAGGCGCCAUACCCGUUUUGGAGACAAUUUAAAACUAUGCGCGUCUUAUGGUCGGGAAAAUACAGUACACUUUAUUACAUACAAUACUGAAAAUUGUACUUAAAUAUGCUUGUAUUUUAUGGCUGUAAUAUCCAUGAAAAAGCAUUUGACCCCUUCCUCUUUUCAGAUUUUUGGGAUUUAAUCUCACCAAGACAACCAAAAUUAAUCCAAAUAUAGAAAUAGAAUUACAUUUUAUAUUUAUUUGGAUUGUUGUGAGAUGUUAAAAUUGGUUUAAUGAACUGAAACCAGAAAAGGGGGUAAGUACUUCUUCACAUUGGACAUUAAAAAUGCUUCUCUGUGAGCUUCUGUCUUCAGGGGCAACAUCACAUAAAGUAAAGACAGUUUUGUAGGGCCCAUGUCUGUUUCAGCGCCAGAUUUGUUUUCGCCUCAAAAAUUCAAUCAAAACUAUGGAGCACAUUCACAUGUUAAAAUGACAGCUUUAAAAGCAUGCCCACUGGCAUGCAAUCAUGAGAAUGCAGCCAUUGGCAAAGCUACCUUGGAUCUACUCUAAUGUCUCGGACCACAUUUCUGUUAGGCCGAGCCUUCAUCCUAACGUGCAUCCUAAGUUUUGUUCCGUUCAGUGUAUAAUGUGGUACAAUACUUGUACAGUUGUGAGCUAAAUUUUGGCAGUCAAAAAAGCAAUUAGGCUCCAACCCCUGCUGAAAAUAGUGAAAAUCUGUGAGCGUAAUUGAUGCCCCACUAAAAAGGUUUAUCACUGCCUCUAGGUAAAACAAAGCACCACUUUUGCCUAAACGAAAGUCAAACCACUUCGGCAUAGUUCCUUGGCACAGCCGUACUUUUGUUGUGUUCCAAUUAAUGUUGCGUUGUACUAACUUGCUUCCGUUUUCAUGUUUUGUUACACUGAUUCUAUACUGUUGAAAGAAAGUAUGACCACACUUAGAUAAAAACUAUAGUAAUUGUUUCUUUGCAUUUUUGCACAGGCAAAUAACCUUCAGUCGAAAAGAUUCUCUUUUCCACGGAGUUGAAAAAACACCAAAGAUAAUGCUAUUAAUGUACACUCACUGGAAAAGCCGCAUCAAGCACAUUGUCUUGAGUGGCAGCCUUGUGUUCCUGCCAUUUACGAAAGAACGGGACGUACCCAGUUUUCUGUUUUAGAAGAUACAUUUUCAGUGUAUACAAGGGAAGAUAACACCAUCACAAGUUUAGAUGUUUUUAUGAAGAGUGUCGCGUACUGCCUAUUCCAAAGUAGAUGUUAUAUUCAAGAAUGUUCCAAGAGAACUGAAGGGUGUUACUGUGCUUUCUGUCAAUUACUCCCAAUUGGCUUCACACGUGUAGCAUCCGAGUGACAAAGCAGACCCAGGCGAAAGCCAACAUUAGCACUAAUGCACUGAGCUCAAGCUUCUGUCAUCACCACUGUGCCUUAUCUUUCCUGACCUGUGUGAACGAUUUUGUCCGAUGUUUAACCAUAAUUAUCGAUCAUGCUGUGUGUUGAGGUGGCAGCAUGAGGGCUUUUAACUCAUUAAACGGGUGCUAAAAAUCA